AUGUUUAAAAAUUUACUACUCAUUUUUCUUCUUGCCAAUUUUUUUUAUUUUACUAAACAACAACUGCUUCCAAAUAUUUGGGUUAGUGAUGAAGAAAUUAUAGAACUAGUAAAUUAUUUUUAUAGUAUAGAUUAUAAUGCAGCAAGAAGUAAUGAAGUAGAAUUAAAUUAUCAAACGCAUACAACUACUAGAGAUAAUCAAGGUUUUGCAAAAUAUCCUUUAUUUACAAGAGUAGAUCCUAAUAUUUUAACAAAACCAACUUUUAAAGCUUUUUUACAAUUAAUGGAUAAUUAUAAUCCAGAAGUUGGAUAUGAAGAAAAAGUUACACCAACAGAACUAUAUGAAACUGAUCUAUUUUUGGAUCUUAUAACAAAUACAACAAUUGGAAAGGAAUUUUAUAUGUUUUUGUAUCAGAAACAACAUCCUUGUGCUGUUGACAUAAAUAAUUAUAUAGGAUGUUUAAAACAUCUUUGGUUUGGACGUUAUUCAAGAGCAAGAGGUGUAAUGGAUAGUUCUGGUUUUGAGCAUGUUUUUAUGGGUGAAUUAAAAAAUGGUGAAGUUUCAGGGCUUCAUAAUUGGUUUAGAUUUGCUUACCUUGAAAGUACAUCAAACAAAAAUAAAUUUGAUUACAAAGGUUAUCUAGUAAAAAGAUUCGGUCUUAUGGCAUCUGUUAAAUAUACUUGGUUGGGAUAUUAUAAAAAAGCUGGAAGUUUCUUUAUUUCUACAUCACCUGAAUUUGACUUUUUUACCUAUACAUUAUGUUUUCUUUUUAGAAGAGGAAAUAGUGGUUGUAAUGUUAAGAUUAAUGGUUGUCCAGCAUCUAUAACUGCUUAUGAACUUAUUCAAAAUAAUAAUAUAUAUAUUGGAAGUUUAUUCCCUAAUAUCAAAGAAAUGACUGAAGAAUGUAAAACGUACAAUAGUAAUUUUUAA